CAUCUCCCUCCCUCUGUUUCUCUCUCGCCCACACUUUCACAGUGCUGAGCUGCUUGGCUCCGAGCCUCCUUCUCACUGCAGUUGUAAGAGUACCACCAGAGAUAUCGCCAAACGAGUGCAAUUGCAGACACAACCAUACACACAUGCACACACACACACAGUCAUAGACACAACGGAAUUGGAUAAACCGCAUCUUGAUUCUCUUAAACGUAUGCUGGGGAGGAAGAAAGAUUGUGUCCACUUGUGCUCAUCUCAUGCACAACAGGGAGCAGAGAAAUACAGCAACUACCUGUGAUCGUAGAGAUCUCCAAGAACACCAAGAGGAAAAACCAACAUCAUAUGGGCAGAACCAUGAAGACCAGACUAGGCUGCUUGUCUAAUAAGUCUGACUCCUACAAUGACUUUACUGAGUUCCUGCACCCUGCCCCGGACAGGGCCCCACGAUGCUUAAAGCUGUCAAAAGAUGAGGUUGUUCGAUGGGCAGAUUCCUUUGAUGUUCUUCUGUCGCACAAGUAUGGCCUGGCAGCCUUCCGGGCUUUUCUCAAAACUGAGUUCAGUGAUGAGAAUAUUGAAUUCUGGAUGGCCUGCGAGGAAUACAAAAAAAUCAAGACUCCUGCCAAACUAGUCACCAAAGCCAACAAGAUCUACAAUGAGUUUAUUGAUGUUAAGUCUCCCAGAGAGAUAAACAUUGACUUCCAUACUCGGGAGAUGGCGAGGCUGAGCGUUGUGGAGCCCAACCCAUGCAGUUUAAACGAGGUCCAGGCCAGGGUCCACAGUCUCAUGGAGAAAGACUCUUACCCACGCUUUCUCCGCUCAAAAAUCUACCAGGACUUACUCAGAACCCAGUACACACACUAUCAGAGGAACUCUGUUUAAACACACCCACUAACAUACCAACAACCCACAUAUGUUAUGUGAUAUGCUUCUUCAUGACCAUAUGUAGAUGUUAUAGAUGGAUGUGAGUAAUUUUGAUUGACAUUUUGGUAUGUGAUUUGCACUGGACAAAAUGAAAGAAAUACAAUGUAACAAUCAACAACACACUUUGAUUCAAACUAUAACUCUCAUCAUGUUUUAAAACAACCUAGACAUUGUGUGUAAUUCAUUUUAGAACUAUGUUGAGCAAGUUUGUGCUUAGUUUAACAAAAUAUCCACACUGUGCAUAUUUGUAAAUCUCUUAUUAGAGAAUGUGUUGUUGUUAAUGUUUUUUUUUCUUCCUUUCACUGAUUUAUUCUGAAGUAGACAGUAGGUGUCUUGUGUUUUGGCAGCACGCCGUGUUGUUCUGAAUACAGUUAGAUUAUUUUCUCAUAAAUAUUUUUAUUAUUAUUAUUACCAAUACAAAAUUCAAUGUAGUAUAUUAAUAAGAUGCACAUUUUAGAAGAUAUUAACUUAAUAUGGAUUAGCAAAAAGUAAAAUAUAAAUGGAAAUGUGCAUUAUGCAACAUACAAUGAAUUGUUCAUUUUUCUAUAUACCUGGAAUGUCCUCUUAAGAUUUGAAAAUAUGAACAAUGAAAUUGCCACAAACCAA